AAAAUAAAACAUUGACGAACUGUAAGCCCUUAAAACCAUGGAAGCCAAAAAAAAGCCCUAAAACAUUGAGAACAGCUUCUACAAAAUUAAAGCAUGUCUUGUAAUUUUGGUUCCUUGGCAUAUAUGCAUUGAAAGGUUAUCUUUAUUUGGAGCCAGAUUCGAUCAGCGGAGUUCUCUUCUGAAGUGCGUCUACAAUGGGAAAGCCCAAGGGAAAACAUCGUUUGGAUAAAUUUUACCACCUUGCAAAAGAACAAGGUUACAGGUCGCGAGCCGCUUUUAAGAUUGUACAGUUAGAUGCAAAGUUCAAUUUUUUCUCGUCGGCGAGGUCCCUGUUGGAUCUUUGCGCAGCCCCUGGCGGGUGGAUGCAGGUGGCCGUAAAGCAUAUGCCUGUAGGCAGCCUGAUAAUCGGGGUUGAUUUGGUGCCCAUUCGGCCCAUUAGAGGAGCAUUUUCUUUACAAGAAGAUAUUACUACACCCAAGUGUAAGGCUUCUAUCCGAAAACUAAUGAAGGAGAAUGGCUGCAACAUGUUGGAUGUUGUGCUGCAUGAUGGGUCUCCUAAUGUGGGAGGUGCUUGGUCCCAGGAAGCGACCACUCAGGCUUCAUUGGUUGUGGAUUCACUGAGGCUUGCUGUUGAGUUUUUGGCUCCCAAGGGAACUUUUGUCUCUAAGGUGUUCCGAUCUCAGGAUUACAAUGCGCUACUUUAUUGUUUCAAGCAGUUGUUUGAAAAAGUAGAAGUGACAAAACCAGUUGCUAGUCGAUCGACAUCUGCUGAAAUAUAUAUUGUUGGUUUAAGAUAUAAAGCCCCAGCCAAGAUUGAUCCACGUCUUCUUGAUGUGAGACAUCUUUUCCAACAAGUCAUUGACCCACCAAAGGUAGUGGACGUUCUCAGGGCAACAAAACAAAAGCGAAAUCGUGAAGGAUAUGAAGAAGGACUUGCAACAACACGGAAGACUUGCCUUGCUUCAGAUUUUGUGUGGUCGGACAAACCUUUGGAAGUUCUUGGUUCAGUUACUUCCAUUUCAUUUGAGGAUCCAGCGUGCUCUGCCAUAAAGGAGAAUUCUUUGACAACUGAUGAGAUAAAAAUUUUAUGUGAUGAUUUGCGAGUUCUAGGGAAACAAGACUUUAAGCAUAUACUGAAAUGGCGUUUGCACAUUCGGAAGGCAUUGUCACCUAAAGAAAAACUUUCUUCUUUGACAAAAGAGGUUGAAAAGGCAGUUGAGGGCAAUGAUGAUGAACGCAUGCUCAAUGAAAUGGAGGAGUUGCACUCUAUUUCUGAACAAAAGAAGAAGAAAGCAAAAAAGCUAGUUUCCAAGAGGCGGGCUAAGGCUAAAGCACGCACUGCAAUGGGAAUGAAAGUGGAUGCUACGGAAGAUGGCUAUAUGGAUGAGGCAUUAUUUUCUUUAGCUUCAAUUAAGGCAAAGAGAGAUCUACAGGCUCUGGAUUCUCCUGCACAGUCUGAUGAUGAAAAUGGUUUUAUGAGUGAAGAUGAGGCCAUUGAAACAAAUCAAGGAGUACACAGUGACAGCGAAGCAAGUGACAUUGAUUCUGAUGAAGAGAGGAAAAGAUAUGACGAACAACUUGAAACUGUUCUGGAUCAAGCUUAUGAGCGGUAUGUCACUGCAAAAGAAGGCAGUACAAAGCAGCGUAAACGUGCAAAGUUGGCUAUGACUGGUGAUGAUAGUGAGCUAUGGAAGAAGAAUGAAGCAGAUGAUCAGAAAGGUGUUGAUGAAGAGGAUGAUUCAGAUUACAGUGAUAAAGAUGGCGAGGCCAAUCCCUUAGUGGUACCAUUAUCAAUGAAUGAACAACCAUCUCAAGAACAGCUGACAAGUCAAUGGUUCAGUCAGGAUGUUUUUGCAGGUUUUGAAGACACUGGUGAGAAGUAUGAUGUUGAUUCUGACAUGUCUGAGGAUGAUAAAGAUGUUGCAUCUUUACAGAAGUUGUCAGUUAAAACUAAUGGUAACAAGAAGGGAAAUGUUGGUGUUCAGUCUGAUUCCAAGUUUUCUCCAAACCAAAAUCCCCAACAAGAGAAAGAGGACGACUUUGAAAUAGUUCCUGCUGUGUCUAUGGGCUCUAGUGAUGAAUCUUCUUCAGAAGAUGAAUCUGACUACGACACUGAUUCAAAAGCAGAAAUCUUAGCUUUUGCAAAGAAAAUGUUGAGGAAGAAGCAAAGGGAAAAUAUUCUUGAUGCUUCUUACAAUAGAUAUACUUUUGAUGACAAAGGUUUGCCAGAAUGGUUUGCAGCAGAUGAGAAACAACAUUCUCAGCCUCAGAAACCCAUAACAAAAGAGGAGAUUGAGGCUAUGAAAGCACAAUUCAAGGAAAUUGAUGCUCGUCCAGCAAAGAAAGUUGCAGAAGCAAAAGCUCGCAAGAAACGUGUUGCAAUGAAAAAGUUGGAGGCAGUUCGAAACAAGGCAAAUGCAAUUUCUAAUCAAACUGACAUCUCUAACCUAUCCAAGAAUAAAAUGAUUGAACGCCUAUAUAAGAAAGCUAUGCCUAAGAGGCCUCAGAAGGAGUAUGUGGUUGCAAAGAAGGGUGUGCAAGUUAAACCAGGUAAAGGAAAAGUACUUGUUGAUCCUCGAAUGAAAAAAGAUUCAAGGUCUACAGGAAUUGGUAGGCAUGGAAAAAACAAAAACAUGGCUAAGAAAGGAAAAGGUGGAAAGAGACCUGCAAAAGCUGGAACUUCAGGAGGUAAGAGACCUAAAACUGCAGAAGCUGGUGGUGGUAGACGAAAGUAAAUUAUGUUACCCAUUGCAUCGAUAGAAUGUAUCAUAUACAGGUACCCUUUGUGUUUCAAUGGAAUGUUUUCAAGAUGGUUAAACAUAGUGAAAAUCAGAGUGCUGUGAUUGCAACUGGGAGUCAACACAAUUAUGAUUUUAACUCCAUUGCAAUGGUCUUCGACAUUCAUUUGUUUCAAGUAUUUUAAUGUUUAGAAAGGUGCUGUUCUAUUGAUGUAGACUCACUUGUACCAAAGCAUAGCAGAAACUGUAGUUUUGUUUGUUUCAAAACUAUGGCCAAAUUUUUGAAUGCUGUUUUGAAAGUGAUUUUCAGGUGUCAAGGCUCUUUAAAAUUCCAAUAGAUCAUCAUGGCUGAUUGAUUGGUUUUA